AUGACGCCCUUCGGUGGACUGGGUGAGUGUGGCCAUUCGAACUGCAUGGCCCAUCGCCUCCGAUACCCGGAGGUUCGCACCGGCUUCCGGGACUUCGUAGUCGCGAGCGUACGGGACGCAGUCCGUACAAAGACGGAGUGGUGGGGUCCAGAAGGCCUGCACUACGCAUCCCUGGGUUGUGGCGAACUCCUUUUUGAUCUGGAGCUCUUGGAAAGGCUCCGGGAGGAGGCAGGCGUGGAGAUUGCACAGAUAUGCCUGAUU